AUUAUUUUAGAAGUCUUAAACAUAAAUUGCUAAAGAAACGGUUACAUUCUCCUGUGUAAGCUUGAGAGUCUACUUGUGGAUCCAAAAUCUGUUGCACAAAUUUUCGCGAUUUGGAGACAAGAAAAGGCGACGAGGAUCACGGCAUGUCUGCGCUGUUCAAUUUUCAUUCUUUUUUAACGGUUGUGCUAUUGGGAAUUUGUACUUGCACUUAUGUUAAGAUGCACUUCCCGGCGAUUUUGGAACAGAGAACUGGGUUUCGUGGGUUUUUCUGGAAGGCAGCCAGAAUAGGUGAGCGUUUGAGCCCCUGGGUGGCUGUAGGAUGCUUCACGAUGGGCGUGUCAAUAAUAUUUUUCUGACGACCAGCUGUCUGUGCAUUAGGAAGUAAGUUCAAUCUUUGUACUUUUAUGGCUAAUUAUGGGACUCAUCAGGAUUUGGUGUCAUCAGUCUUUGUUCUUCCUGAUUAGUAGUGUAUUAACAAUGGAGGUUGAUGACCAAUUUGUGGACAUUCUUUGUGUCAUUCUUUGGUAAGUUUGUAUAUCUGAGUUUCCCAUAUCAUACAACCACGCAAUCAUUAGACUCCUUUUUCGAGAGUCUUAUGCUGGUAAAAGAAAUUAGUUGUGGAAGUGCCAAUAUAUGAUAUGUAGAGUUUGAAUUUUUUUUUUA